AUGGGUCCUAGUAUCGCCAGCCCGAUUACGCUCCCCGUUACGUCCAUAGCGUCCGCCUGCAACGCUCCGCGCCCGCCGGGAGCGGGCCAUAGCGACGCGCUUAGUCCUCUCCACGCCGCGUCACUUGGCCCAGCCGCAUCGCAGUCAGAAUCCAUGGACGUGCGCGGGACACACGCUAAUGCUGACGUGGAUAACGAGAGCAACGACCGAUGGCAGCAGUGGCAGGAGGAGCGGCAGCGGGAAACAUCUAGCGCGCUCGAGCCCACUCCUAAAAGGCUACGCGGCUCGUACCGCUGCCGUCGCUGCGGCCAGCCUAAGAAAGGCCACGUGUGCCCGCUAACGUCACCGUCUCCCGCACCGCCGUACGCCCGUCGUCCGUGUCAGUCCAAUCCGCACCACGCGAACACCCACUCUCAUCAACCCAACCCCUCGUCCUCCGUCGGAUGCGGCGACCCAUCGUGCGGCGGCGCGUGCGGCAACUCCCGCGACUGCGGAUUCGAUUCGCCCAGCGGGAUCACCCGCGCGGACCUGCGCAAGCCCGCGUCGUGCAGCAUGGGGAACAUGCAGCCGCUGCGCCUCCCCGACGCCUCCGCCGGCCCCGCGGACUCCGCCAACGCCUACACUGCGGACGGCGGACGCUCCUCCGCGUGCCAGGGCGGGCCGAACGCGCAUAUAAGCCUCACCGCGCCCGCGCUCACCGCAUCGUGCCGCAGCCUCCCCAGUCGCAGCGGCUUGUCGGAUUCCAACUUCUCCUUCCCCGCCGCGCACACCCACGCGCACGGCAACGCGCACGGCGCCAUCACCUCGAGAAUGGCGCCCCACUGCGCCUCCCCGCACAGCCUCCCGCCGCUCUCCCACUCGAGCCUCCGCCCUGGUCCCCCCGGGGUGAGCGGGCCGGCAGCGGCGGGUUCCGUGCGGCCGGUGGUGCAGAGGAGUCCCCAGGAUAUGUGCAUGCUCAACAUUCUCGCCAAGCUGCCCCCGCGCGACCUACUGAGCGCGAGCAGCUGCUGUCGGCGGUGGCGGCGGCUGGCGGCGGAGAUCUGGGGCAACGUGGAGGCGGCGGCGCUGUCGCUCGACGCGACGCCGUCGCUCGCGACGGACGCGCUCGUCUACGUGCCCUUCAUGCUGCGCCGCUGCCCGCGCCUCGUGCACCUCUCGCUGCAAGCCGCCAGGUACGACCUGCUCUGGUCGCGACUCGGCUCGUCUGGUCUCGCCUCGUCUUGCCGCGAUGCUGCUGUGCUGUCCUCUCGUCUCCUCUCCUGGUUCAACUCGAUCCUUUUCCUUCUGCUCCCCGUGACUGUGGUUCUCACGCCGCUCCUCCUGCUCUCGUUCCUCUUCUCCUGCUGUUCCUUUGUCGCCAGAUGCGUGGACGAUCGCCUGCUGCAUCGCAUAGCCGCCGAGCAGCCCUACUUGGAGUCGCUCGUCAUUCGCACAGCGCCCAAUGUCGCAUGCCACGUCACGGACAACGGCAUGGCGGCGCUGCUGCAUGGGUGCGCGUCGCUGCGCGCCGUAGACAUGGACGGAUGCAUCGCGCUGCCGUCGCUCACCGUCGCCUCGCAGUCCUUGACGGCGCUGACUCUCUCCGCCUGCGCGCGCCUCUCGCGCCUCUCCCUCGCGUGCCCCGCGCUGCAGCGCCUCUCGCUCUCCCUCCUCCCCGCGCCCGCUCCGCCCUCCGCCGCUCCGCCCGCGCGCACGUGCUCCCAGACGCACGCGCACGCUAGCGCGCAGAUGAGCGGAGAUCCCGCGCACGCGGAGGCGGUGAUCAGCCACGUGGCGAGCCUUGCGGCGCCUCUCGAGCGCCUGCACAUCGCGUCACCUUACACCACCGACGCGAUGGUGGCGGCGCUGGUGCGCGCACACGGGCAGUCGCUCUGCGCGCUCUCCAUCACGCACUCGCUCUCGCUCACCGAUGAGGGCGUGGCGGACAUCUGUCGCGCCUGUCCGCAUCUGCAGCACCUGGACCUCUCCGCCUCGCCCAACCUCUCAGACGCCGCCCUCCACGCCAUCAGCGCCUCGCUCUCUCACUCCCUCACACACCUCCUCCUCGCCGCCUGCCCUGGCAUCACGCCACGUGGCGUGCAGGCAUUGGUGCAGCGCCUGCCCAAUCUGGAGCUGCUAGACGUGGGGCGGUCGCUGCUCCCCCGCGCCCCCUCGCCCUCCCCCACCCUCGCCAGCGCCGCCAGCACCACGUCCGCCAUGGGCGCAGGGGGCAUGGCGGACGGGUGGAGGGGGAACGGCGGGGGACAGUGGGGGGACGCGGGGGGCGAUUAUCAGGGGGAGAUGGGGAUGGGGAUGGAUGGGGGAAUGGGGGGAGCGGGGGGUGAAGGCAGCAACGGAUACAUGGGGGGUGGGGAGGGCAGUGGUAUGGGGGCAUCAAGUGCAACAGGCACGACAAGAGGAGUGGCGGCAGGAGGGGAGGGGCGGCGGUUAGAGCUGCGCAGCAGCAGCCUGAGGAAGCUCAGUCUCUGGGGCUGCUCUCUGCUGCAGACGCUUGUCCUGGACUGCCCACAGCUGGAGCACCUUAAUGUGAACUCCUGCACCGCACUGCACCCAUCUGCCUACGGCUGCCGCCUCAACUGCCCGUCGCUGCGGUUCAUCCUGGCCGUUGGAUGCCCCGUGUCGCCCCACACCCUUCUGCGCACCGCGUGCCUUGCAGACCAAUCCCCGUGCAUGGGUGAUGGCAUGGGGGAUGGUAUGGGGGAUGGUAUGGGGGAUGGUAUUGCGGAUGGAAUAGGUGAUGGUAUGGGUGAUGGUAUGGUAGAUGGUAUGGGGAAUGGUAUGGGUGAUGGUAUGGGCGAUGGUUAUGGGGAUGAUAUGGGUGAUGGCAUGGGGGAUGGCAUGGGGACUGGCAUGGGCGUCCCUCCCAACACUUGCUUGGGCGAUGACAUGGGGGUUGGCAUGGGCGAUGGCAUGGGGAAUGGCAUGGUCAAUAGCAUGGGGAAUGGCAUGGGUCCAUCUCAAAGCGGGUAUGUGGGAGAUGGCAUGGGGAAUGGCAUGGAUCCAUCCCUUGGCUCAUAUGUGGGAGAUGGCAUGAUGCAUGCACAACCAAGUGCAUGGCAACCCCCUUCCCACACGCAGACGGGGAAUGGCAUGGUAAAUGACAUGGGGAAUAGCAUGGGGAAUGACAUGCAUCAAUAA